GGCACUGUAGGAAGUAUUGGGAAGCAGAGGCCCUAGAGCAGGGGUAGGCAAUGUUUUUUGGCCAGUGCACCAAAAAACACCAUAAUGUCUACCUUGGAAGGUGCCGGAGUGCUGGCAUGGCAGAAAAACAAAAUGAGGGCAAGGGGUACAUGGAAGGAUACCCUGCUUGUGCCCCUAGCCCCCUGCCCUACUGCCCCUUCCCCCAGCCCUGCUGCCCCUUACCCAAAGCCCCUUCCCCCCAGCCCUGCUGCCCCUUGCCCCCCACACAAAGCCUCUGUCCCCCAGCCCGGGCUCUCUGGCUGCCAGCAGCUACCCCAGCUGCCCGCUGGGAGCAGCCCGGGAUCCUGGCUGGCGGCAGCUGCCCAGAGCCCGGGCUGGUUCCAAACAGCUGCGCCGGGCUCAUCACCUCCUUACUGGGAGCUGGGGAGAGACCGGAGCUGCGCUGCCUCAAGCCCCGCCUCCACUGCCAGCUCAGAGGUGCCGGUGCAGAGCUGGUGUCUGAGCCGCUCGGAGCCCGGCGCAGCUGUUUGGAGCCUCCCGGCUGCAGGGCCCCGGCUCUGGGGAGCUGUUGCCAGCCGGGAUCACGGGCUGCUCCCAGCAGGCAGCUGGAAUGCUGCAAGCCUUGCUGGGAGCAGCCCGGGCUCCGUCGCUGGCAGCAGCUCCCCUGAGCCGGGGCUGGCCACCGCGUACCAAGCAAAAUGGCCUCAUGUGCCACGAUUGGCACAUGUGCCAGGGGUUGCCGACCUCUGCCCUAGAGCAGUGUUUCUCAAAUUAUCUGAUGUGGCAGACCGGUAAUUUUUUUUCCAGUGGGCCAGGGACCAGUGCCCGGUUUAGCCAGUGGCAGCAACUGCGUGUAACAGCGCUACAUAAAUGCGUGACCGGCUGUUUUUUUUCUCUUUCCUCACCUCACGUGACAUGACAUCACCUGGAGUGUUGGAACGUAUGAACUGUGGAACUAUGACAUAUCAAUGUUAUGCUUCUGAAAAUAUAUUUCUUUCUUUCCUGGCAACUUGCUGCUGACCGGCGACGGGCUGGUCCAUGGACCACCACUUUGAGAAGCACUGCCCUAGAGGAUCCUUACAAGGCGGGCAGUGAGAGCGAGGAAGCUCAGGGCAGGGAGGAGCACAGACUCAGGACUUUCUACCCCGUGUAACGCAACCCCCCUUACUCCCCAAUGGAGCCUCAUGACCAUGGCCCUGGCAAGGGCCCAGGUGCUGUGGCUGUGGCUUUUGCAGAGGCAGCAGGACAGGCACUGGCCUGGCCGCUGGCCAAUGGGGCAGCCACCCCCCCUGGGGGGCUUGGGGGUCCCCCACACCCUGGUGGCAGUACUGCUGCGGGACGACGGCGCCUGCUCCAUGGCAAGCACAAGGCGCAGGGGCCCAGUGCUGAACACCGCUCCCCACGUGCCCUUUUCUGUCUGGGGCUGGCCAACCCCCUGCGCCGUGGCGCCAUCAGCUUGGUCGAGUGGAAACCCUUUGACAUCCUCAUCCUCAUGACCAUCUUCGCCAACUGCGUAGCCCUGGGAGUCUACAUCCCUUUCCCAGAGGAUGACUCCAAUGCUGCCAACCACAAUCUGGAACAGGUGGAGUACGUUUUCCUCAUCAUCUUCACAGUGGAGACCUUCUUGAAGAUCAUCGCGUAUGGGCUUGUCAUGCACCCCAGCGCCUACAUCCGCAACGGCUGGAACCUCCUUGACUUUGUCAUUGUAGUGGUGGGGCUCUUCAGUGUGGCACUGGAGCAGGUGUCCCACAAGUCAGGAGAUGCCCAUCACAUGAGUGGGAAGCCAGGAGGCUUUGAUGUCAAGGCCCUUCGUGCCUUCCGGGUGCUGCGUCCCCUGCGCCUUGUCUCUGGCGUCCCCAGCCUGCACAUUGUGCUCAACUCUAUCAUGAAGGCAAUGGUGCCCCUGCUGCACAUUGCACUGCUCGUGCUUUUCGUCAUCAUUAUCUACGCCAUCAUUGGUCUCGAACUCUUCAUUGGCCGCAUGCACAAGACCUGCUUCUUCAUCGGCUCUGACCUGGAGUCAGAGGAGGACCCAUCACCCUGCGCCUUCUCAGGGCAUGGCCGGGCCUGUGUACAGAACAACACGGAGUGUCGUGGUCGCUGGGCUGGACCCAAUGGUGGCAUCACCAACUUUGAUAACUUCUUCUUUGCCAUGCUUACCGUCUUCCAGUGUGUCACCAUGGAGGGCUGGACUGAUGUCCUCUACUGGAUGCAGGAUGCCAUGGGUCACGAGCUGCCCUGGAUCUACUUUGUCAGUCUUGUCAUCUUUGGCUCCUUCUUUGUCCUCAACCUGGUGCUGGGCGUUCUCAGUGGUGAAUUCUCCAAGGAGCGGGAGAAGGCAAAGGCACGAGGGGACUUCCAGAAGCUGCGGGAGAAGCAACAACUGGAAGAGGAUCUGCGUGGCUACUUGGAGUGGAUCACGCAGGCCGAGGGGCUGGAUGAUGAUGAAGAUGGGGCUGAUGGUGAAGACAAGCAUGUCCGUGUGACUGUGGAAGACCUCACUGAGAAGCGCCGGAGCCGCCUCAAGUGGCUACGUCACUCCAGCCACUCGACUGACACCCACACCAGCCUCCCAGCAAGUGAGACAACCUCAGUGAAUACAGAGAAUGUGGGGGAGGAGGAGCAUCAUGUGACCUGCUGUGAAGUCAUUCUGAGGAAACUCUCCAAGACCAAGUUCUGCCGGCGCCUACGCAGGGCCAACCGGGCACUGCGGAAGCAUUGCCGCCUGGCGGCAAAAUCAGUGGCCUUUUACUGGGUCGUGCUGCUGCUUGUCUUCCUCAACACCCUGACCAUUGCCUCCGAGCACUACGGUCAGCCUGACUGGCUCACCCACACUCAGGCCUAUGCCAACAAGGUGCUGCUGUCCCUCUUCACACUGGAGAUGCUGCUCAAGCUGUAUGGGCUGGGUCCCCAUGCCUAUGGCGCCAGCUUCUUCAACCGCUUUGAUUGCUUUGUGGUGUGUGGUGGCAUCCUGGAGACAGCGCUGGUGGAGCUAGGCAUCAUGGAGCCUCUGGGCAUCUCUGUGCUGCGCUGUGUCCGCCUCCUCCGCAUCUUCAAGGUCACCAGGCACUGGGCAUCACUGAGCAACCUGGUGGCCUCACUGCUGAACUCAAUGAAGUCGAUUGCAUCACUGCUGCUGCUGCUCUUCCUCUUUAUCAUCAUCUUCUCACUUCUUGGCAUGCAGCUCUUCGGGGGCCGCUUUGCCUUUGAGGGUGCCCCCGCCAAGCGCUCCACCUUCGACACCUUCCCCCAGGCCCUGCUUACUGUCUUCCAGAUCCUGACAGGAGAGGACUGGAAUGCGGUGAUGUACGAUGGCAUCAUGGCAUAUGGUGGCCCUGUCUUCCCCGGCAUGCUUGUCUGCAUCUACUUUGUCAUUCUCUUCAUCUGUGGCAACUACAUCCUGCUCAAUGUGUUCCUGGCCAUUGCCGUUGAUAACCUGGCUGAUGCUGACAACAUCAGUGCCGCCAAGGAGCGGCAGAAGGCGAGUGAAGCCAUUGCAGGCAAUACCACCCAUGAAGACGGAGUGAAGGUGAAAUGUGAGGAUGAAGAAGAGCAGGAGGAAGAUGACAGUGAGGGAGAAGGGGAGGAGGCGGAGGGUGCCAGCCUGGCGGGGUCAGAGUCAGGCUCCCAUGGGGAUCAGGCUGAGGACCCUGCUGCAGAAAAGGUGCUGCCCAUCCCCCAGGGAAGCGCCUUCUUCCUACUUAGCAGCACCAACCCGCUGCGGGUGCACUGCCACGCUCUGAUCCACCACCACAUCUUCACCAACCUCAUCCUCGUCUUCAUCAUACUGAGCAGCGUCUCCCUGGCAGCUGAGGACCCAGUGAGGGCCCACUCUUUCCGCAACCAUAUUCUAGGCUACUUUGACUACGCCUUCACCACCAUCUUCACCGUGGAGAUCCUGCUCAAGAUGACAGCCUAUGGUGCCUUCCUGCACAAAGGCUCCUUCUGCCGCAAUUGGUUCAACCUCCUUGACCUGCUCGUUGUCAGCGUCUCCCUCAUCUCCUUCGGCAUCCACUCCAGCGCCAUCUCAGUGGUCAAGAUCCUACGGGUGCUGCGGGUGUUGCGGCCCCUCCGGGCCAUCAACCGGGCCAAGGGUCUUAAACACGUAGUACAGUGCGUGUUUGUGGCCAUCCGCACCAUCGGCAACAUCAUGAUUGUCACCACCUUGCUGCAAUUCAUGUUCGCCUGCAUCGGCGUCCAGCUCUUCAAGGGCAAGUUCUACAGCUGCACAGAUGAGGCCAAGCACACACCCGAGGAGUGCAAGGGCACAUUCAUUGUGUACAAGGAUGGUGACGUGUUGCACCCAAUGGUGCGGGACCGUGUGUGGCACAACAGUGACUUCAACUUCGACAAUGUCCUGGCCGGGAUGAUGGCCCUGUUCACCGUGUCCACCUUUGAGGGCUGGCCUGCGCUGCUGUACAAGGCAAUUGAUGCGCACGCUGAGAACCAGGGUCCCAUCUACAACUACCGGGUGGAGAUCUCCAUCUUCUUCAUAGUCUACAUAAUCAUCAUUGCCUUUUUCAUGAUGAACAUCUUCGUAGGCUUUGUCAUCAUCACCUUCCGUGCCCAGGGUGAGCAGGAGUACCGCAACUGUGAGCUCGACAAGAACCAGCGGCAGUGUGUGGAGUAUGCGCUGAAGGCACAGCCGCUGCGGCGCUACAUCCCACGGCACCGGGCCCAGCACCGUGUUUGGGCCAUGGUCAACUCGGCUGCAUUCGAGUAUGCCAUGUUCCUGCUCAUCCUCCUCAACACCGUUGCCCUCGCUGUUCAGCACUAUGAGCAGUCCCAGCCCUUCAACUAUGUCAUGGACCUGCUGAACAUGGUGUUCACAGGGCUCUUCACAGUGGAGAUGAUCCUCAAGCUCAUCGCAUUCAAGCCCAAGCACUAUUUCUGUGACGCCUGGAACACAUUUGACGCCCUCAUUGUGGUGGGCAGUGUUGUGGACAUUGCCGUCACUGAGGUCAAUAACGGGGGCCAUGUUGGAGAGAGCUCAGAGGACAGCUCCCGCAUCUCCAUUACAUUCUUCCGCCUAUUUCGGGUCAUGCGCCUGGUGAAGCUUCUGAGCAAGGGUGAGGGCAUCCGUACACUGCUCUGGACCUUCAUCAAGUCCUUCCAGGCAUUGCCAUAUGUUGCCCUCCUCAUUGCCAUGAUCUUCUUUAUCUACGCUGUCAUCGGCAUGCAGACUUUUGGGAAGGUGGCGCUGCAAGAUGGGACCCAGAUCAACCGCAACAACAACUUCCAGACCUUCCCCCAGGCUGUGCUGCUGCUCUUCAGGUGCGCAACGGGGGAAGCCUGGCAGGAGAUCAUGCUAGCCAGCCUGCCUGGCAAGCGCUGUGACCGCGAGUCUGACUAUGGCCCUGGCGAGGAGUUCUCCUGCGGCAGCAACUUUGCUAUCGCCUAUUUCAUCAGCUUCUUCAUGCUCUGCGCUUUCCUGAUCAUCAACCUGUUUGUGGCUGUCAUCAUGGACAAUUUUGACUACUUGACCCGGGACUGGAGCAUCCUGGGCCCCCACCACCUGGAUGAGUUCAAGCGGGUCUGGUCUGAAUAUGAUCCUGCUGCCAGGGGCCGCAUCAAACACCUGGACGUGGUGACCCUGCUGCGCCGCAUCCAGCCCCCACUUGGCUUUGGCAAACUCUGCCCCCACCGUGUGGCCUGCAAGCGCCUGGUGGCCAUGAACAUGCCUCUCAAUGCCGAUGGCACUGUCACCUUCAACGCCACGCUCUUCGCCCUCGUCCGGACCUCGCUCAAGAUCAAGACUGAAGGGAACCUGGAGGUGGCCAACAAGGAGCUUCGUGCUGUCAUCAAGAAGAUCUGGAAGAGAACCAAGCCUAAGCUCCUGGACGAGGUCAUACCCCCUCCAGAGGAGGAGGAGGUCACCGUGGGGAAGUUCUAUGCCACAUUCCUGAUUCAGGACUAUUUCCGCAAAUUCCGGAAGCGCAAGGAGAAGGGGCUGCUGGGCUCCGAGGCUGCCCCCAGCUGUUCCAGUGCCCUUCAGGCUGGGCUGCGGACACUGCAGGACCUGGCCCCUGAGAUGCGACGGGCACUGUCAGACCUGGACGAGCAGGGGGCCAGUGACGAGAAUGGGCCCUACGAGGACCCUGAGGGGCCAUACAAGGGACCCCUCCAAGCUGCCCCCCUGGUGGAAGUCCCAUCCCCUGGGGGUCUGGGGGGCUUGUGGGCCCCUUCCUGUGCCAGCCUAGCCCCGCCUCUACCUGGGACCUGUGAUGAGGGCGGGGAGACCAGGGCCGAGGACAUGGCCCAGCCACCUUCCAGCGGGUUGCACUGGCGCCGGGCCAGCAGGCAGAACUCUGAGGGAAGCUGCAAGACCCCCACUAUACCGGAGAAGCCCCCCACCCUGAAGGAGUACAGUGAGGAGACAGCAGAGGAGCAGGGCUUCUCCAGCCGGGAGGAGGACUCCGAGAGCCAGACCUCCCGGAACCAUCAGUCCUGCCUGGAGGACCCUCCUCUCCGCCGACGACGGUGGGACCCACCCUCUGGGUGUUCCCUGCCCCCUCAGCAAAUGGGCAAGCGCCGACGGCUCCUGCCUCCCACCCCAGCAGGGGCCACUCCUCCACAGGCCGGAAGCCUGCCUUCGCUAUCCAGUGCUUGCGGCGCCAGGAGAGCUGUGAGGACCUGCCAAUUCCGGGCACGUACCACCAGGCCCCGCCUUCUCACCAGCCCCUCACACAGGGCUAUGGAGGGCCGUGGGGAGGGCCGCCUGGGGGGGGGUGGCUGCAUUCAUGGGCAGCCCCCCUUCCCCCUGUCCGCGGUUGCCUGCUCUACGCCCCACUGCUGCUGGUGGAGGAAGGGGGCCCCCCCUCGCCCCCCCCCCCCCACUGGUGCCACCUGCUGGCUGCUGCCUGAUCCUGGCUAUACCCGCCUGCGCCUGCCCCCCCACCAUGGGGCUGCCCGUGACAGCGCUGACAGCCUGGUGGAGGCUGUGCUGAUCUCAGAGGGACUGGGGCUCUAUGCCCGGGACCCCAAGUUUGUGGCUGUGGCCAAGCGGGAGAUUGCGGAUGCCUGCCAGCUCACACCAGCUGAGAUGGAGAGCGCUGCCUGUGACCUGCUGGGCCAGCGCCUGGCCCCAGGGGGGCCCUUUGCCCCUGAGGCCCCUGGCAGUGCCCUGUACAGUGAUGAUGAGCCUCCACGGCCCCCAGCUGAGGAUGAGCUGGCCGAUGAGAUGGCCUGUGUGGCUGCUCGCUGAGCUUGCCCCACCCCAAAUUCAGCCACAGCCAGGGCUUGAGGUAGUCAGUGUCCCCCCUUCCUUCUCUCUGUUAGAGGCUCACAGUAUGAACCAGUGCCUGUACUGGGUCCACUGGGGUGGAAUUGGGAAGGUUCUAGUACAGACUAGUGCCUGUCCUGGACUCACUGGGGGGAACUGGGGUCAUUUUAGUACAAACCAGUGUCCGUACUAGGGGCAUGGAAGCAUUCCAAAACAGACAAGUGCUUGUACUGGGCUCACUGGGGAGGUGGGGUUCUAGUACAGAUGGGUCUGUCCUGGACUCCCUGAGGGGAAUUGGGAGCAUUCAAUACAGAUCAGUGUCCAUGCUGGGGACUUGGGGAAUUUCCAGUAUAGACCAGUGCCUGUACUGGGGCCACUGGGUUGCAACUGGGGAAUUCCAGUACAGAGCAGUGUCCAUGCUGGGGACAUAGGAACAUUCCCAGAAAGACUGGUGUCUCUACUGGGUGCACUGGUGGGUGAUGAUGUAGCUGAUUCUUUUGUCAAUAAAGAGGUAGCACUAAA